AAAGCACAUUGUUUCAUCUUGCAAAUUAUCGAGCACUUUUACCAGUCCUGACGUCUAUUGUAGGUAAGAAAUCUAUUGAAGUUGAAAAUGGCAGUAAAUAUUGCUGGACUUAUUGCCGUCAUUGUUUUCUAUAUAAUUAUAUUCGUCAUCGGAAUAGUAGCGGCGAAAGUCCAGUCGAAAAAGACCCGUGGAACUGUGCGGGAAGAUGAGGACGUUAUGUUGGCAGGACGAAACCUCGGCUGGUUUGUCGGCUGUUUUACUAUGACAGCUACAUGGGUCGGCGGAGGCUACAUCAAUGGAACAGCGGAGCUGGUUUACAACAGUGGAGUUGUCUGGGCACAGGCACCUUGGGGGUAUGCUUUAAGCUUAACAUUGGGCGGGAUGUUUUUCGCAAAGAUCAUGCGCAAAAGGCGAUACGUCACAAUGCUCGACCCGCUGCAAGAAAAGUACGGUAAUUGGAUGGGAGGUGUUUUGUAUAUCCCAGCAUUCCUCGGAGAGACCAUGUGGAGUGCAGCCAUUCUCGGUGCUCUAGGCUCCACUCUCAGUAUAAUUAUUGACCUUGAAAUCGACCUGGCAGUGAUCUUGUCCGCCAUUAUUGCCAUUGGCUACACAUUCUUUGGAGGGCUCUACUCAGUCGCAUACACAGACGUCAUUCAAUUGAUCUGCAUCUUCAUUGGACUAUGGCUUACAAUUCCAUUCGCCAUGAGCAACCCCAACGUUAAGAGCAUCACAUCAACCAAGGAUGAAUGGCUCGGAACUUUCGAUGUAGAAAGAACUGGCGAAUGGAUGGACUAUGCUAUGCACUUGGUAUGCGGAGGUCUGCCAUGGCAGGUCUAUUUUCAAAGAGUUUUGUCUGCAAAGAAAACCUCAUAUGCACAGGGACUAUCGUUUUUUGCCUCAUUUGGUGCAAUGUUUAUGGCAGUUCCCGCGGUAAUCAUCGGUGCUAUUGCUAAGUCCACAGAUUGGCAAAACAUUGACAUGCCAGCAAGCAUGAAAACAAUCGAUGCCAAUAACGUGACAGUGAUUGCCGACACAAGAAUAGUCUUGCCAGUCGUUUUGCAGUAUUUGACUCCAACCUGGGUGUCCAUUUUUGGAAUGGGAGCGAUCUCUGCAGCCGUGAUGUCAUCAGCGGAUUCUUCAAUCCUCAGUGCCAGUUCAAUGUUCGCCCAUAACAUUUACAAACUCAUUCUGCGACCUAAGGCAUCUGAGAGAGAGCUCAUCUGGGUUGUUCGAAUCGGAAUUCUGGGUGUCGGUGCAGUUGCAACGACCAUGGCACUUACAAUCAAAAGUAUCUACUACUUGUUCGUGCUUUGUUCAGAUCUUGUGUUCGUCUUGCUUUUCCCGCAAUUGGUUUCCGCAUUGUACAUUCCAUUUUCCAACGUUUACGGUUCCAUAUCAGCUUAUAUUGUUGGUCUUUUCUUUCGCCUUGGCGGGGGAGAGCAGCUCAUCAGCCUCGCACCAUUGAUCGUGUACCCCAUGUACCAAGAGGAUUCACUCAAACAGCUCUUUCCAUACCGCACUCUUGCUAUGGUUCUUUCCUGGAUAACUCUCAUCGUCGUCUCAUAUACAACAAAACAAUUGUUUGAAAGGCAAAUUAUAUCAACGAAAUAUGAUUUUCUGAAGGCAUUUGGUAAGAAUGAAGAUCCUUUGGAGAAAUACGAAUUGAAAGGUGUAGAAGGCAUUGAGAACAACCACGUUGCAUGAUUUUUAAGAACGCAAGAUGCCUUCAUGAAUACUGAUAUGUCUGUAUCUUUGCACGCUUCUUUGUGUCAUUAUAGCUUAAGGGUACCUGUAUUUACUUAGGGCUACUGAACUUGUAAAAUUUUAACAUAUACCAGGAAACGUAAAACGAAAAUUUGUUCGUGUCUCUUAGAGACUUAGCGAACAACUCUAACUUCACACUUGCCUGCAUAGGCUCCUUUGACAUCAGAACAUAGGCUUUAAUUGCUAUUUGUGCUUUAAGAACCAUUAAAAGAAGAAGCGACGUGAUUUCCCUGCCCAAGUGCUCUUGUCGAAAUUUUGGAGGUUAUGUAAGCUUUCCCACUAAUUUAAUUUCAAGCCAUGUGUAUCAUGCUAAUAGUUUUCAGGCAUACUAAGUGUUUAUCUUCUGAUUGAUAAAAUAUUCUUUAUAGUUCUUCUUAUUUCCUGAAUUUUUCGUAAUGAUUGUUAAUGUUUAUAGCUUUAUCAUAGCAACAUAAAAAAGCUAGAUAUCACAGAGGGAUGUUGUUCUAUUGAUUGCAGGGGUUUUUCGCAAAAACAGAAGAUUUUUAACCAGUUUGAAUUCUCUUGGGCCUUCUCUUACAUAGCACUACAUCCCAAAGAGUGUUCGAUAUUGUUGUCCUGUUAUUAUUAUCAUUAUUAUUAUUAUUAUGUCCAACUGAACAGUAUAAUAAAUGUAACAUGAAGUAAUUUUAAUAAAUAUGUUUUUCUGUUGAAAGAUAAUUUUUUAAGCGCUGUUUGGCUUUCUUUGGUGUCCACAUGAAUUGAACCCUUCUGAAAAUUUCUGUUAUCAUGAAUGUUAGCUUUUACAUAAACAGACAUAAUCCCCACCUGGCCUGUCAAGUCCUCGAUGGUGAAAGAGUUACUCUUGACGAAAUUUUCAAGUCUGCCCUAACCAACCUUACCAACAUUCUGGCUAUACUUUCAAAACAAUCAAGUCUUUAAUUUCUCGACGUUUGCACUCUUAUUCAAUGAUCUUAUCACACGUGCAUUGUGGGAUUCAAUCUAAGGUUAUUUUCAAGGCCUAGUGCUUUGGGAUUCCGAAAAGCACUGUCUCAAAUUGCCAAGCGUGCAAAUAUAUUUAAAGUUAUUACCCA